CCCACAUCCUUCUUUUGUGAUAUUUAUUCACCUUCAUCCAAGCUUUUCUGACCAUGCCUAUUACAAGAGCCACUUCAUCCCACAUUGCCAAUGGGAAUCAGAAGCAGGGCCAGGACGAUGGACAAAAGGACUACCCAGCUCUUCACCAACAUUCAAACGCAACAUGCUGUACAAGAUUCAGCCCAACUUGUCAAUGUGGCUGGAAAAUCUCAGCCAUAAGAAGUCCACACUGGGCUACUGACGAAAAUGGAGGUCCUGCUGCACGGCCAGAUAGCUCAACACCAUCGACAGUUGUAGUCGCCAGCAUUGAUAGAGCCCCACCUAAUGCAGAUGAUUCUGCCCAAGGUUUCGUCACUAUGGCGGACUUUACUGUUCUUCUGGAUAGGGAACAUUCUAGACAUGGGACAACUCUUUUCUACGUUGUGGAGCACGCCAGCAAGUUCCUUGAUGCCAUGGGGGCUCAUGCCGGGGAUAAAGAUUUGUGCCUACACGAGUUCUCAAAGUCUCUCUUCGAUAAAGCUUAUACAUGCGAAGAGCGUAUCACUAUCCUUGAUCUCCACAACACUCGUCAACCUACCGGUGAGGAUUUGAUGGCCUAUGUGAAGAGGUUUAGGGAUUUGGCGCUUGAUUGUUACAGUGGCCACGCUGAGUCCUUCUUGGUGGAGAUUUGCAUCAACAAUAUGUUCUCGAAGUAUCGUGCUGUGCUUGAAAAGAUUGGGAUCACAUCGCCAUCACCCAUUCCUCUAAUUGUCGAAGAACUUGAUGUGCUCUUAGAUCAAUGGAUCAUUGAUGGUGCCAUCACGCUACCUCAAUUGCAUCGCGAGCCCAACGAUGAUGACAAACACCACCCUAAAGCCACUGAGUCCAUACUCACCAUUGCUAACGAAACUGAAAGAGAAUGUCUCAAUGUCGAAGCACAUACUAUUCGUGCUUAUUUGAAGUCAUCUAACGCCAUCACAUUCACUGACGAAGACAUGGAGGCACCAUAUCCUAACCACAGGAAGCCUCUUUACUUAUCUGCUCAAAUUAACUCUGUUGGUGUCAAAUGUGUACUUGUUGAUGCUAGAUCUUCUCUUAACUUGAGACAGUUGAGCACCAUUACCACUGCGAGAAUCUCCCAGUGAAAGAUCAUCAGAUCUCCGCUUAGCAUUGUUGGCUUCGGCAGUAGCAGUGAGCAUGCCCUUGGAUACAUUCAUCUUGAAUUAAAGGUUGGUCUAGUCC